UUUUCCAGGCCAAACAUAGCCAACUCCAGGCUAAACAUACCCAACUCCCACAACCUCAUAACCAUUGAUUCCUUCCAAACCCUUGAUCAUCUCUGUCACCCUCUGCACACAUCUCAGCUUGUCGAUAUCCAUCUUAAAUUGUGGCGCCCAGAACUGAACAUGGUUGGAUGGCUUGUAUGAUUUAGUUGAGAUUCCUGCAUUGCAGGGGUUUGGACCAGAAGGCCCUUGGGACCCCUUCCAACUGUACUACAAUGCUAGGAUUCUGUGAAAAGGAAGUCUAGUCAGACGGUGAAAAGAAGCAAAAAGCCAGUGCAGCAGUUUUAAAGAGGAAUGUAUUCUAUGGCCUGAAUGCAGACAAAUGCAACUAUUUCAAACACGAAUCAUUGUGGGUAAAAUUGCGUAAGAUGGACGAAUGGUCUGAUUCAACAUAAGGAACCCUCUGAGGUGCCUGCAUUUGUUUUGUUUUUAUUUCAAAGUAGUUUAUUUAUUUUAUAUCAUCUCCUCUCAUUUAUGAAUCACUUCCCAUGAAACACCCUGAAGCAAUUUAACAGCGAUAUCGUCAACAAGAAAAAACAUAUGUAUAAAACAAUUUCAGAUCCAAUACAUGAAUGGACAGGGAUUUUUAAAAAGGUCUUUAGCAGGUGAUGGAAGCUUUAGCUGAGAUCCCUGCAUGGCAGGGGGUUGGACUAGAUGACCCUUGGGGUCCCUUCCAAUUCUACAAUUUAUGAUUCCAAAGGGUAGAUGCCACCACACUAAAAGCCUACUGCCUACAUUAUACGUGCUGGUGAGAUGGUAUCAGCAGCAAGCCUUCUCUUGCAGAGCACAGUGGUUGGUUGGGUACAUAUGAAUGGGUGAUGCAAUAUUUUAGGUGCAAAGACCUUUGACCCUCCGUGGUCCCUUCUUGGAGCUACCCUUCUGCAUGGGAGCCAUGGAAUCACAACCAGCUCUGUGGACCUCCCUUAUGACAUCACUGGAGAGUUCUUUUCUUGGGUGUGGUUCUUCUCCAGCAGCUUCCUAUCCCCACUCAGAAGGCUGGACAUAAUGCCUACCAUACAUUUCCUGCUCCUCUGGCUAGCCCUUUGUGCACAGGCCACAGCUUGCCUCCUCUGCUUCACCACCCAACGAAAACGUGCCCGCGUCUGCCAACACUUCUUUGGCCACCGGGUUUCCCAGCAUGGGAACUGCCUACCGAUUAUGGAAAGGGCCUUUGCGCGUUUCGCCAAAACCCAGGUGGGUGAGUGCCGUCCAAUUGAGCACCGGACCAAAAUGGAGGCGGUCGCACAUACCACCUGCCCCCAAUGUGCAAUGUUCAGUGUGCAUGCUUAUGGGUGCUUAUAGGAUUCCCCGAUCGCAGUUGUUUGACUUGAGUUUUCAGGGUUUCAGCUAUUUUCGCCGAAGGUCCGCAACCAGAAAUAUGUUAAGCGGAUCUUAACAGACAGGGCCAUAGCUUGUCAGUUAUCCCAGGGCUGCCAGCCAGUGUCAGCGAUACUGAGCUAAAUGGAACGAUGGUCUGGCUCGAUAUAAGGUUCCUUGGAUAGCUAUCUGAAAGCAUAGGCAAAUGUGACCAACUUGGCCAGGCAACGGGGCUAUUGUAGAUGAUGCCAGGCAAAGGAAUAUGUGGAGGAAAUGCCGCAACUGUGGUGCCACCACAGAGAAGGCCCUUUCUCUGGUGGCCACCGGCUUCUCCUCCAAAGGUGGGCUGACCUGGAGAAAAGCUUUCAGGUGAAGAUCUGAAUAGAUUGGCAGGUUCAUAAGGGAACAGGAAGCCCUGGAGAUAUUGUUUUGCUUGGUUCUCCAGCUUGUGUUUGGCUCCCUGACAUAGCAGACGCCAUUCGCCACCCUCACACUGUGCUCCUGAGCUCUGCCCCUACCCAGGAUCAUAGAAUUUGUAGACUAGGAAGGGACCACAAGGGUCAUCUAGUCCAACCCCUUGCAAUGCAGAAAUAUUUUGCCCAGCGUAGGUCUCGAACCCAUGACCCUGAGAUUAAGAUUCUCAUGCUCUUCCAACGGAGCUACAAUGGAAAAGGGACCAGGCCCUUCAACAGCUUCCUAUCGUCUUCUUUCCAAGAUGCAUCCGAAAUUGAGAAGCUGAAGGACACAUUUGGCAGAAUGAUCUUUUUCCUGGAGGAGAAAAGCAUGGCGAAGGUGCCUUAUCCCCUGGCAGUUAAAGAAGCUGAGACGCAGGUUGAAAAAGAGAUGGCACAGCUCAAAGCAGCUCCAGCCUGCAUCCCACCGUGUGGGUUCCAGAAAGAGGCUCGCCAAUACCGAUGCUCGUCUUGCACCAUGGUGGACUGCUCGCUGCCCAUCGAUUGCCCGAUUCAGGAUGUGCAUAAAUCUGAAGGGGACGUGACACUUCUCAGCUGCGGAGUUAAGUUUGAGAUUCCUGAAGACGCAACCUUCCGAUGGAAAUUUGCCAAGGAAAUCAGAACCAACAAAGUUUUCCUCUUCCAAGACCUGAACUUUGGGUUCAAUCCUUCCCUCCUUAUCCGCCCCACCCUGGGAUCCCACCAUGGCACUUUCGCCUGCCAGAUCGCUGGGGAGGACGGGGUGCUGGUCAGGAAGUUCUUCUACCUCAACGUGACGGAGAAGAGACUUCAUCUAGAGAAAGAGUUGCAGGAUAUGUUCAAAGCCAUCUUGAACCCCCCGCCGAUGGUAGAGGUUGCAGGUGAAACAUGGGGAGAGGAGGUGCAGACCAACCUAACUGACUCAGAGAUGCCAUCCUUGGAAGAGAUUCUCUCUGGGCCAGACUUCCUCCACAAGAAGGUCGUUGUCUUCCUCAUCGUAGGAAUAGCCAUGCUCUCAACGUUGGCCACUAUGAUAGCAAUGACAAUUUAUCGCUGGGCUACAGACAUCAAACUGUGAAUUGGGAGGAACUUCACAGAACAUUCCUCCCUUCCCCUCUACCAACCCCUUCUUUUUGCUGUGCCUUGGUAAGGACUGUACAAUGAUGACAUCACCAUUACCAUUACGACACAAUUAAAAGAAUAAUAAUAAUCCAGGUCACACAUUGGAACUUCUAAGGACAAGUUAUGAGUUUUGCAAUUUGUACUCAGGAUAAUCUCUCUCCCAUUUAAUGACGGGGUGGGUGGACUGGUGACUAGCAAAAACUCAAAAGUGUGCAUCUGUCUGUCUGUCUGUCUGUCUGUCUGUUGUUGUUUGUUUAGGCCUGUCUGAGCCUGUUGCAACAAAAGGAAAAAAGCACAUUGGGUGCUCUCUGGGCUGUUUUAGAGGUUUCUCCCGCACCCAUCCCCAUUAAGAGGUUUCUCCCCCCCACGCUCCAAAUUUCUGCAGAGCAUAGGGUUGUUCCAAGCCUACUGAUAUCUCCUUCCUGUUAAGCGAGCAAGGCACUCAAAUCUGAAAAUGGAGAGAUUAGAAGACAUAAAAUCUACAAGGACAGAGCUGUAUUGCAGUAUAGCUCAGUGAGAGGGUAUCUGCUUUGCGUGUGGAAGGUCCCAAGUUCAAGUCCUGACAAGGCUUGAAACCUUGGAGAGCUACUGCCACGCAGUGCGGACUAGAUGGACCCACUUUCUGACUGGACCUGCCUGCUGCAGCGAAACCAAAAGAAGUUUUCUGAAUGGAAAUUAAGCCAAGGAUUAUGAGCAGGUCCUGCAACAAAAUGUUGCCAUGUGGCCUGUUCCCUGUUCAGGAUUCCGACACCCAUGUUCCACCCCAUCCCUGCAAAAGUCCGUCUGUAUUCCACAUCACGGGAGACAGUCAAGUAAGAAACUAAUAGUGCAAAGUAGGAAUUUAUUAACACAGGAAUUAAUACAUUCCUCUAAGACAGGGUUCGCCAAACUUGGGUCUCCAGCUGUUUUUGGACUACAGCUUCCAUCAUCCCUAGCUAGCAGGACCAGUGGUCAGGGAUGAUGGGAACUGUAAUCCCUAAACAGUUGGAGAGACCCAGGUUUGGGCAAGUCCACUCUAGGGAGGGAAACCUGUGCAUCUCCAGAUGUUAUUGGAAUCUAACUCCCAUCAAUUUCAGCCCGAAUGGUAGGGAUGAUGGGAGUUGUAGUCUGGCAGUGAAUGAACAAAGGUUAAUCCCCACUGAACUUGUCACCUCGCCUCAAGAACGAUAUUUGGGGAAGUUCAGAAAAGGGCAGACAAAAUGAUUGAGGGGAUGGAAUGGCUUCCCCAAUGAGGAAAGGUUGCAGCACUUGGGACUUUUUAGUUUACAGAAAAAGCAAGUAGGACAUGACAUGAUAUAUAAGUUUAUCCUAGGCAUGAAGGAAACUGAGAAAGAGAAGUUUUUCUUCCUCUCUCAUACAUAACACUGGAACUCGGGGACAUCCAAGGAAGCUUUCAUAAAAGAAAGAAUUCUUCUUCAGGCAGUUAAACUUUGGAACUCACUGCCACAGGAGUCAGUGAUGGCCACCAACUUGGAGGCUUUAAAAGAGGACUGGGCAAAUUCAUGGUGGGCAAGGCUAGCCAUGGUUACUAGCUGCAAUGGCUAUGUUGUGCUUCCACAGCUGGAGACAGCAAAGUGUUGAAUAUCAUUUUAUGGAAACCACAGGAAGGAAGGAAGGGAGCACUUGGGUUCUGCUUGCAAGUUUCCUAAAGACACAUAGUUGGCUGUUGAGAGAACAGGAUGCUGGACUAGAGGGGCUACUGACCUGAUCCUGCAGGCUCCUCUUACAUUCUCAUGACUAGAGCAGGGCUGACGAAUCUGUGGCCCUCCAGAGGUUGCUGAGCUCCAUCUCUCAUCAGUCCUGGCCAGUAUCACCAGGAGGCAGGAAUGAUGGGAACUGUAGUCCAGCAACAUCUUUAGCAUGGCAUGAUCCCCAUCCCUGCUGCGCAAAAGGCAGAAAAGAUCAUGUUUCCCUGGUGGCUUGGGGCAGUUAUUAUAGGAAGGAAAUUGAAUUCACUCUAAACUAUUCAGAACUAUCACCCUACCCUGUUUCAAGGGUGCCUCUAAAAACAGGCAGUUACAGAUGUUUGGAAGGGAGCUGCGUGGAAUUUUCAAGUGACAAGAAACAUUUCUUCUUCCAGCAAAGCUAUUUCAUUUAAAGGAAAAAAAGUUUCCUUCUCUUGGUUAAUAUGGGCUGCUGAAAUUGGCAGUAUUCAAAUCAUCAGUGACAUUGCACUUGGGUGAUUUUAGAUUCUGAAUUUAAUAAGGUUGAAGUGUGGGUGCCCUGGGGCCACAAUGAACAACUCUGCACUGAAUAGAGCUCCAAGAGCUGAUGGAUCUUCACCUCCACAGAUCGAGUGGAGAUAAUCUGGCAGAUCUGCCUGAGCUAAUCAAAGACACUUGAUUAGAUUACUGCUUGUUGGGUGUCGCCUUUUCUUCCUGAACCAUUUGCCCCCAAGGGUAAUAGGCCCACCCUAGACUCCAUCCAUCACUCUUUAAUGGGUCUUGGGGGGGGGUUCCACACAUUUCCAAAACAGCCAAAGGUCUUCUGGCGGUACCUUAAAAAACCCCAAAACCUAACAUAUAUUACAAGUACGUAACACAUGAAGCCUGGUGUGGUUUCUCUUAAUUGUGGAAGUUAACAUAAAGCAUGUGUUUGGGUAGGGGUCCAAUUGAAAAGAAGAACUUGAUAACUUCUUAAGUGUUUCUCAGAGCUUUAUGUGCACAUGCAUGGUGUUAAUAUAGCGCCCAAACUGUUUUGGCCAGGUAUGGAAUCCUUUUGACACUCCUUAAAUGAGAUGGGAGACUGCAGAGGGUGUCUUGGACUAGGCAACUCUUGUAACAACCUAUAUAAUAGCAAAAAGCAAGAGUUGCAUUGAUUGGUGGAUACAUCACUUUGUUAACUGCAAAAAAAUUGUUGUGCUCUUAUAUCUAAUUUUCUUCUCAGAAAAACUGAAAACAAAUAAAGAUUAUUAAAAUU